AUGAGUCAAUAUACAGGUGUCGCUCUAGUAACUGGCGCUGCUUCAGGCAUCGGUCGAGCGACUGCAAUAGCAUUCGCCCAAGAAGGAUGUACCAAAAUCUCAAUCUGUGACCGCAACCUCCUAGGUCUCCAAGAAACCCAAACACUCAUCUCAGAAAUCUCAAAAGAUGUAGAUGUACUGGUGAUAGAAGUCGACAUGCUAGAAGAAUCUCAGAUUGAUAAUAUGGUGAAGAAGACGGUGGAGAGGUGGGGCAGAGUGGAUUAUGCUGUUAAUGCUGCUGGCAUCAUAGGCAACAACGCCCCCUCAACCCAAACAACCGCUGCCCAAUUCGACCUAAUAACCAACAUCAACUACCGCGGCACCUGGCUCAGUUCCCGCUUCGAGAUCGCCCAAAUGCAAACCCAAACCCCGCUGGAAUGGGGCAACGGCAAGAAGCGUCAGAAAGUGAGAGGCAGUAUCGUGAAUAUCGCCAGUCAGCUGGGUUUGGUGGGAAGACCUGACGCGCCCGCUUAUUGUGCGAGUAAGGCGGCGGUUAUUGCGUUUACGAGGGGUGAUUCUAUUGAUUAUGCGAAAGAUGAUAUUAGGGUUAAUUGUGUUUGUCCGGGGGUUACGGAGACGCCGAUGACGCAAGGAGAACCUAAGUUUAGGGAGGCGCUGAAACCUGCCAUUGAUAUUGCGCCUAUGAAACGGAUGGGUACGCCAGAGGAGAUUGCUGAUGCGUGUCUGUUUUUAUGUGGAAGUGGUGCAGGGUUUGUUUGUGGACAUGCUUUGGUUGUUGAUGGCGGGUACAUCAUAAAUUGA